AUGGAUGAUUUAGAGUUCUGUAAAGACGUAUUUUGCGAUGACCUCGACGAUUGUUUCUUUACAAAUUGUGACAAUGCUGGUGAUUGCUGCUGUAUGGGAGAUCCUGCUUGUAAUGGUGAUUGUUGGGCACUUUCCAAUAAAAAUAUCGAGUGCUGUAACGACCCCAACUGUGUUGAUUACACUACAAAGCAAUCACCCAAACCUCAGAUUCAACAGCUCUCUGAAUUAGCACAUCAUUGCAACGACGAAGCUUGUGAUUAUAACUCCCCUCCCCCAAGUAGUCACCAACAGGACCACUUGUGCCAAGUUCAAUCUUCAAAACGACUGCUAUUUGAAGAUUUGAUAACCAACGUUCAUGCAAACUUGAACAACACAUCUCAAAUGAAACAUAAUGACUUUGAAAUUCAUUUCCCACAUGAAUGCCAUGCUGAAGAAUCCAAACCCACCAACCAUCACCAUUUCCACCAAUCUUGUUUUCACACAACUAUACCAGAAGCUCUGUCUUCUGCAGGUGCUAGAGCUUCUUGCUAUGAUGAAAAGCUUAUGUCUAACUUUGACUAUGACUUCAUUGUUGAAUUCAACAACUUUAAUAAUUCACUAGCUAAUGCUGAUCCAGUCGCUACUUCCUCUGCUCUGCCAGACCAAUUGGUAUACCCAUGCCAAUGGGAAAAGUGUUUUAAGAGGGUAACAGAUGAUACCAUACUUAAUCAUGUCAUGGAAGAACACAUCCGUAACGAGUAUCCCGAUACGAUAUCCGACACCGCUUAUCAAUGUGAAUGGCAAGAUUGUAAUUUCAUCAACUCCGAUUUCAAGCUUUUGGUUGACCAUUUGAAGAACCAUAAACAACAGACCAAGAAACAGUUUAUCCUUCCAAAUCAAUCUAUUUUAACUCCAAGUUCAACCACGAAAUCUUACGAGUCUUCGCCAAUAGCAGAUUACCCUACGGUUAAGGAUGAACACCCAAAUGUAAACAUCACCUCAAUUAAAAUCUUACCCAAAAAACCCAAAGCCAGCCCCACACCGCCAGACCCUACCCACACUUGUAAAUGGGAAAUUGGCCAUGACAGCAAUGGUAACGCAAUACCGUGCAACAAGACACAUAUAAGUGAAGCUGACCUCCAAGAUCAUCUUCUUAAUGAUCACAUUGGGUGUGGGAAAUCCAAAUAUUUCUGUAAUUGGAUCGGGUGUGAGAGGCAUAUGGGGAAACAGUUUACCCAGCGUCAAAAACUUCUCAGACAUAUACAUAUACAUACCGGGUACAAACCGUGCCAGUGCCACAUUUGUGGUGCCAGCUUUGCAGUGGAGGGAAUGUUGACUCAACAUCUCCGUACCCACUCAGGAGAGAAACCAUUCCCGUGUCUGAUUUGCGGGAAACGGUUUGCGACCCGUAGUUCAUUGAGUAUACAUCACCGGGUUCAUACUGGAGAGAAACCGUUGGUUUGCAAAUGGCCCGGGUGUGGCAAGAGGUUUAGUGAAAGUUCAAAUUUGACCAAGCAUAUGAAGAUCCAUUCUAAGUUGUUUGAAUGUGAGGUUUGUGGAUCAGUGUUUGAGAAAAAGGUGGAUUAUACAAAACAUGUAAAAACACAUGAAUAA